AUAGCAACGGCGCCGUCCAAUCAGUUACAUCCAGAAAGCGAGUUCCUUUUCCUCCGGCAGUAACGUUCGUAGCUGAUAACGUUUGGUUGCCAUUUUGAGUGUGAUUCGUCGGUUUAAAGAUCGUGCAAAUAUGGUGAAACUCUUUGUAGGUAAUUUACCCCCCGAGGCAACCCAGGCCGAGUUGAAAGCACUCUUUGAGCAGUUUGGCCGUGUGACCGAGUGUGACAUAAUCAAAAAUUAUGGCUUCGUCCACAUGGAAGAUAAGAAAUCCGCCGACGACGCUGUCCUUAAUCUUAACCAUUAUAAAUUGCAUGACGUUGCAAUCAAUGUGGAAAACAGUAGAGGGAGACCAAAAGCCUCCACUAAACUUCACGUAAGCAACCUCGGCGGCAACUGUACCAGUGAAGAACUGCGUGCCAAGUUUGAGGCUUUUGGUUCAGUCUUAGAGUGUGACAUCGUGAAAGACUAUGCCUUUGUUCACAUGGAGAGGGCAGAUGAAGCGUUGGAGGCCAUCAGGAAUUUGGACAACACUGAGUUUAAAGGCAAACGGAUGCACGUUCAGCUCUCCACGAGCCGCCUGCGCGUCACACCGGGUAUGGGAGACCGAAGCCGAUGCUACCGUUGCGGGAAGGAGGGCCACUGGUCCAAAGAAUGCCCCCUAGACCAAAUGUCCCAAGAGCUGGAGCAGCAGCCAGCCUAUCCCCAGAAUCCAUACCCAGACCCUUACGCCCUGCGCAAUGUGGCAGCUCCUGCCUACAACACAGCCUAUGCAGAGCGUGUUUUCUACGAUGAACGGGAGCGGUGCGGUGUCGUUGACUAUUACCAGCAUUAUCGCGUGCGACCCUCGUCUUUUGACCCUUAUGUGGAUCGUCGGCUGCCUCCUGUCCCCCCUCCAUCGGUUUCCAACAUGUACAGGGAGAGAAUUGAGGGAUUCCCAUAUGAGAGGCAUCUACUGCCCCCUCCACCCCCAAUUCCUAACCCUUAUUUUGCACGGGAGCGGAGCCCGUUACGCCGCUCCAACUCCACCUCCUCAAGCGUUGACGGAUUUCGUACCGAGCGGCGGCUAUCCCCUGGUUUGCGGAACACAGUCUUCGAAACUCCACGAACCGAUCGGGCGCGGUUUUGAUAAACUGAGGAGGUAAGAUAUAUUCGGGCUCCGGCGCGUUCUCCAGUCGCGUUCGCGAUAAAAAUGUAUCUCCUUUCUUCGAAAUCGGUCAACGUCGAUUUUCCCCUCCUAGUGAACCAUGAAUAACAGUCCUAAUUAUUAUUUUAAUAUGUAGAAUAUAUGUUGCAGUAGCUUGUGUCUUUCGCUUCUCAGCAUUGUCUAUUUUUUUUUUUUUUAUUUCUUUUAUACACGUAGUACAGAUCUUCCACUCGUUCUUAUGUUCUUCUCUUACACACCAAAUGAUCUCUGAAUCUAUUUCUACUCUUCAUGAACCAUUAACAAUUAAUGUUACAUAUUACUAAGCCAUUGCUUUAUUGGGUAUUAAUAUAUGUACGUUGAAUUCAAUCCUUUCAGUAGUGGAAAGAUGCGGUGGGCAUUGUACAAAAUG